GAAAUAGAUCAGUUCCACUAGCGAACGAAGCAAUCUUAACUCUACUAGCAUCCUUGGUCCUGUCAAACGUCACAACAAACCCUUCCUAACCUCACUUUCCGCUUACAUGUAAAUAAUAUGGAAAACAAACUGAGAAGAUAUGAAAAAAUCGAGUUCCUGGGCGAGGGACAGUUCGCCACGGUGUACAAGGCGAAAGACGUGGAAACCGACAACAUCGUGGCGGUGAAAAAAAUCAAAUUGGGCACCAGGGAGGAGGCGCAGGACGGCAUAAACCGCACGGCCCUAAGGGAAAUCAAGCUGAUGCAGGAGGUGCAUCACGAGAACGUUUUGGGGCUCCUGGACGUGUUCGGGCACAUAUCCAACGUGUCUCUGGUGUUUGACUUCAUGGACACCGAUUUGGAAGUGAUCAUUAAGGACAACACCAUCAUACUGACCACCGCGAACAUAAAAUCUUACAUUUUGCAGACCUUAUUGGGUCUGGAGUAUUUGCACCUAAACUGGAUAUUGCAUAGGGACUUGAAGCCUAAUAAUCUCUUGGUGAACUCCAAGGGGGUGUUGAAGAUUGGGGACUUUGGUUUGGCCAAGAUGUUCGGCUCGCCCAAUCGCAUUAACACCCAUCACGUUGUAACCAGAUGGUAUAGGUCUCCCGAGUUGCUAUUUGGAGCCAAACAGUAUGGGACUUGUAUAGACAUAUGGGCAGUAGGUUGUAUUUUAGCAGAAUUAUUGCUGAGGGUUCCCUUAUUCCCGGGGGAAUCUGAUUUGGACCAACUAACAAAAAUAUUUGGGGUUUUUGGGAACCCCACUGAAGACACCUGGCCAGGGAUUAAAAGCAUGUCCGACUACAUAGAAUUCAAGCCAUUCCCACAGAUACCUUUGAAGAGCAUUUUUACUGCUGCCGGAGAUGAUUUAUUAGAAGUGAUUGAGAGUAUGUUGGUGCUGAACCCAACCGCCAGGAAAACUUGCACUGAAUGCCUUAAAAUGGCGUUUUUCAGUAAUAAACCUGCACCUACCGUGGGGACCAAGUUGCCCUUGCCACAGAACAUUCGGAAAGUAGCAGACGAGAAGCCGUCACUUAAAAGGAAGAUUUUAGAUGGGGCCGAGGGGGGUACACUGUCAAAGAGGCUCUUCGUUUAGGUUAUAAGUUUAUAUUUGUUAUUUAAUAUAUUUUUUUAGAAAUUA